UGACAUUAAUGAAACAAUAACAGUAUAAUGUUAAAGAAAUGAUAGAAAUUAUGUAAAAACUUAUUCAAUGAUUCCACUUCUUCAGAGGCUUAAUCAUGAAAUACAGUAACCAGUCUAGAUUAACAAACUACAGUUCAAUAAAAUGAUCACACGUUGUAUAAAAUUAAAUCUAAUAAGACAAUAAUAAAAAUAGAUGAUCACUUUUUCAAUUAUUAAAUGCACUUGAAAUAUAAGUGCUUAAAAUGCUUAAACAUAAAUUUCCAACUGAAGGAAUAGUUAUUGGUCAAUACGAGCGGUCACUGAAAGAUUCACCAAUGGGAGGUAGCGUUGUUCAAGCGGGGUGAAAUAAUGUAGUCGUCGAGGAGCAGCCUACUGUGAUAAUUGUGUAGCAAUUGACAGUAGAGUGGAAAAUAUCGUGUAUGUGGGUGCGUACCAUUAUUCAGAUCAAAAUUAUUCUAUAAUCUAAAAUGUCAUCGCCUACACAAGUGUUAAAAAGUAUUGGCCCAAAGCUAGUUCCCUUCUUUAAAAGUGUAUCCGUGUAUUUUAUAUUACUGGCCGAGCAGCCGUCCCUCCUGACGGCAUGUUUCAAGUGUUUGCCAAUUAUAAGUCUAAUCGUCUUUGUUCUUCUCCAUGGAAUUAGUUUAUCGCAGGAGUAUACUUUCUCCAGGCGCAUAUUGACAGGGUUAAUAUUCAGUUGUAUAGGAGACGCGUUAUUGGUUUGGCCCAGUUGUUUCACCCCGGGGAUGUGUAUGUUUGCCAUGGCCCAAAUCAUGUACAUUAGCGCAUUCGGUUUUAUACCGCUCAACAUAAUGCUAGGUACAAUCCUAUACGCGUUGUGUUCGCUAGUCAUAUAUGCUCUAAUGCCUGGUCUAAACGGUGUCCUGGUUGUUGGAGUUCCAGUUUAUAUAGUAUUAUUGACUACUAUGGCAUGGAGGGCGAUUUCAAGAGUACAGUUUUAUAAGGAAUUAUGGACAUGGACUAAACUGUGCAGCUGCAUUGGUAGUAUAUGUUUCCUCAUAUCAGACACCUUACUGGGAUUUCAUUACUUCCAUACUCCAUUGCCGUAUUCUCAGGUUUCUAUAAUGUUGACGUACUACGCGGCUCAGUUAGGAAUAGCGCUGAGUGCUGUAGGUUCAAAGAAUAAUAGCAUCAUCAGUAACAACAACAAUAAUAACAAUAACAAUAAUAAUAAUAAUAAUAAUAAUGCUAGCGAAGAUAAAAAUGAAGCAAAUCUAAUGAGAGAUUAAGAAAAUUUUGUCUUCUGUUUGUUUACUGAUUGUAAAUAUUAACUGAAUAUUUUGAUAUGCUACUCAAAUUAGCUAAGUUAUAUAGUUAGUUUGAAUAGCAUAUGUAUUACAUAAUUGUUGGUUUUGAAUAGGUACAAUGCAUCAGGUUUAGCGAUUCACAGUAGAAUCUAAAGUCGUACCACUGCCACUUUAUUAAGGCAAGAAUUUUUACCAGACUAUUCGACUUUUCCUAACUGAUAUUUAUCGCAUCGUAUCUCUGUACGAAAGGCAACAUUUGAUAAGCAUUUAAGAAGCAAUUACCGAUUCUAGUUUCUUUUCUCAAACACCUUUGUCGAACAAAUAACAAAAAUGUAUUUUAAAUGCUGUGAAUUAUUAGAAGUAUUGCAUAAUAACGUUGAACAGUUGUAGGAAUUCUAGUUCACUCUAAUUCAACACUACUUCACACUGUUAUUAUCUAAAGAACAUAAAGUACAGUAUUCUUACAUAUUUUUCGACCUGAAAAGAAUAAUGAAUUCCUCGAAUAGAUUAUUUUCCAAAAAUAAUCAUAUUUUGUGGAUUGUUUCGCAAUACACAAAACGAACCAAAUCGCAUUUCUUUGUACAAUAGACUAUACAAAUGUUAAAUAUUCUGUAAAUUGAUAGUUUAAUGGUAGUUAAUUGUAUAGAGAUAGAAUAAUUUAAACUGUUAAAUAAAAUUAGAUGUUUAAUACUGUCUUCUCGUCUAAAACGGUAUUAAAAGAAAAAUAAUUUAAUAGUUUAAAUAGAUUUACAAAGAAGAUAGUUCAGUUGUUGCGAAUAAACCACGAGUAUUGCAUUUAUCAAUAUAGGUAUUAAACGAUAGUGAUGUAUUUAUUGUAUUGUAUAUUUUUACGAUAGGUGAAAUCUGAAGCACUGAUUCGGAAAUCUAAAUAUUAUUUUUCUGACAGGACUAUUUUUUCUAACAACCUCAAGAAAACGUAUGGUUUUCUUUCGCAAAAUAUACAUAUUUUGUAUUUUAGAAUCUAGCGAUUAUGAUAACUGACUUGUAGGCGACUACAGUAGAUCUCGAUGACAUAUCAUAUUUAAUAUUAAACGAAAUAAUAAUGUUGAAACUGUAAAAAGGAUUCGAUGUGGUAACCAUGUAUGUAUGAAUCCGAAUUGAAUAAAAAUGAAUUUAAUGAAAACAGAAAUAGUGAAUAAUUGAACACAUUAAAAUGAUUCGAAAAGGUUGGAAAUUCUAUUAUGGUGAAAUCUUUGUGAUGAACGUAUUGUAAAAAAA